ACUCCCUUCUCUAUCUCUCUGCUGUUUCUCGAAACACCUUCCAAGUUCCAACCUUCUUCUUCUUCUUCUUCUUCCUCUUCCUCUUCUUCUUCUUCCAGCUAUGGCGUUUGCUCGCUGCUUGCUCCCUCUUCCUCUCGAGACUUUGAAGCAUCCCACUUCUUCAAUUUUCGCUUCUUCUUCUUCUUCUUCCACUCAAUGUUCUUUCACUGUCGCUUUUAAUUCCGCUUCUCGUCGGCGCGGUGAUUUUAAUCUCCCAAUCUCCACUCUCUGCUGCAAAACGGGCCAUCGCGUGAAAGCCAAGCCACAUGAUUCGGAAGCAACAGUAGUUGCCGGCUCCUUCACUGAAUUCAAACACCUGCUGCUUCCAAUAACUGAUCGCAAUCCUUUUCUUUCAGAGGGAACGAGACAGGCUAUUGCUACUACUGCUGCUUUGGCAAAGAACAAUGGAGCUGACAUAACAGUAAUCUUGAUUGAUGAAAAGCAGAAAGAAUCGUUUCCAGAGCACGAGAACCAACUCUCGAGCAUUCGUUGGCAUUUGUCUGAAGGUGGAUUCCAAGAGUAUAAAUUGUUAGAGCGGCUGGGGGAUGGGAGUAAGCCAACAGCAAUCAUUGGGGAGGUAGCUGAUGAUCUGAACUUAGAUUUGGUAGUUCUAAGCAUGGAGGCUGUUCAUUCUAAGCAUGUGGAUGCAAACCUUUUGGCUGAGUUCAUUCCAUGCCCUGUUAUGCUCUUACCACUUUGAUUUCUGUACAUGUUGUAACCAAUAUCCAAGUUUUAUGGAGUCGUGUGUUCAUGUUUUUCUGUAAUAAUAUAUUGGGUAUACUUGUGAUUUUAUGCAUAAACUGCUUUUGGAGUUGAUA